AAAGUUUUGCUUUCUCUUUGGGUCUUAUUUGUCUUUACAACUGCCACCCAUUACCAGAGAGGCACCAGCUCUUUAUUUUAUUUCUCUUAAUUUUUAAUUUUCCUAUCCUGUUUUUCAUUAUUCAUUAUCAAAAUUUUGUAUUAAACGAACUAUAUAAGCUAGAUAUUUCCCUUUUUUUUUUUUUCUUGAGAAGUUUCUCUCUCUAGCCCUUAGAUUUACGUUUUAAAGAGUGAGAGAUUAUAGAUAGCUAACCGUUAGAGAAGGAAAGAGGGAGCCCGGAGAUCUCGAGAGUUUUUUGUUUUUUGUUUUUCUUUUUCUGAAGCUGAUCUAUCUGGGUUUUUCAACACUGGUCUACAAGAUUUCUUUGGAUUUUUUUUUUCAAAAAAAUAAUGUGGUGGAUGAUGAAUGAAGGAGGAGGCCAUUAUUGUUCUAAAAAAACUGAUGACAUCUGUGGUGAUGUUUGUGGUCAGGAAUCAAGCCGGCUGAGCAUGUCAAGAAUCCGCUGCAUACUGCGUGGCAUUGAUUUGAAAACUUAUAUAUUUCUAUUUAUACUGGUUCCGACCUGCAUAUUCGGUAUAUAUAUUCAUGGGCAGAAAAUUUCAUACUUCCUGCGCCCGAUAUGGGAAUCGCCACCCAAACCAUUCCAUGAUAUCCCACAUUAUUUUCAUGAGAAUGUAUCAAUGGAGGCGCUCUGCGAACUUCAUGGUUGGAGAAUUCGUGAAUUUCCAAGACGGGUUUAUGAUGCUGUGUUGUUUAGUAAUGAAGUGGAUAUCCUUACCAUACGAUGGAAAGAGUUGUACCCUUACAUAACGCAUUUUGUUCUUCUUGAGUCUAAUUCAACAUUUACGGGGAUUCCAAAGCCUAUGGUUUUUGCUAGCCAUCGAGAUCAGUUCAAAUUUAUUGAGCCCAGGUUGACUUAUGGAACAAUUGGAGGAAGGUUUAAGAAAGGAGAAAACCCAUUUGUUGAAGAGGCUUUGCAGCGAGUAGCAUUAGACUACCUUCUCAAAAUAGCAGGAAUAUCUGAUGAUGACUUGUUGAUAAUGUCAGAUGUUGAUGAAAUACCAAGCAGGCAUACUAUCAACCUCCUGAGGUGGUGUGAUGACAUACCUCAAGUUCUUCAUCUUCGCCUGAAGAAUUAUCUUUAUUCUUUCGAGUUUCUUGUAGAUAAUAACAGCUGGAGAGCAUCGGUCCAUAGGUAUCAGACGGGUAAAACAAGGUAUGCACAUUAUCGCCAAACAGACGAGAUUUUGGCAGAUGCUGGAUGGCACUGCAGUUUUUGUUUCCGCCACAUCAGUGAGUUCAUAUUUAAGAUGAAAGCUUACAGCCAUAAUGAUAGAGUGAGGUUCUCUCAUUAUUUGAACCCAAAGAGAGUUCAGAGAGUUAUUUGCAAGGGUGCCGAUCUGUUUGACAUGCUUCCGGAGGAGUACACAUUCAAGGAUAUAAUUGGGAAAAUGGGACCUAUUCCUCGUUCCUUCUCAGCUGUUCAUCUUCCAUCAUAUCUUCUAGAGAAUGCAGAUAAAUAUAAAUUUCUUUUACCUGGAAAUUGUUUGCGAGAAAAUGAGUGAGUCUUCUGUAAAGGCUUGUCAGAAUUGCUACUGAUGUGACUCCCCCCAAAGUGUUCAACUGAACAAUUAAUGACUGCGGUGUGUCACCGAGCAGACGUCUUUCGGUUUUUGCAGUUGCAAAAAUGAUUGAAGAGUUUGGAUGAAUGCUUGUGAAUUCUAGGUUUGUAUAUAACUUUUUCUUCAUUUGAGAAGGAUAUUUCAUUCACUGAGCUAGGAUCUUCCUGUAUCAGAUAUAGCUUAGCUGUUGCGACUGCAUGUGUAUUUACUUUUAAGGAUCUCUAAUACAUCAGUUUGAGAUUACUGUGAUUUCCCUA